AUGAUGGAGACGCUCCGAAGGUUUGGGCCGCAGUACUGUGACGUGGAGACCAUGCUGUGGAACGUUUCUGUCAUGCUGAGAGGUCUGACCCUCAAUAUAGACAGACGUAAUAAGAAACCAAUUCCAAUAAUAGUGUACAUAAUCUCAAUUUCGAUAUGCCUGGGUUACUUCUACGUGUACCUGGUGUCAAUGAGCUGGUUCGUGUUCCACCGCUGCCAGCAGACCGGUGACCUGCUAGCAGCCAUCAUCGUCUUCUCCUUGGGAGUCUCCAGCGAGAUCGGAACUGUGAAGCUGAUUUUUAUGUUCUUACAUAUUGGCAAGGUGCGGCGUAUAGUGUCAGAAUGCCUGGCGUGCGACGCCCUGGUGGUGGCUGGCUCCCGCUUCUCAGCCAACCUGCUGAGUACACUGACGCUGGUGAAGAAACGAGCGCUGGUGUUCUGGGUGGUGAUCAUUGGCAACGGCGUUGUGUACGUCGUCAAACCUAUCAUGAUGCCCGGCCGCCAUUUUACCGAGGAUAAGUUUAUACUUUAUGGUCUGGAACCAAUGGUUGAGAACCCAAACUACCAGAUCGCCACCAUCUUGAGUAUGGCAGGAGUCAUCUUCACGUGCUACCUUCCAGCCAACAUCACAGCGUUCCUCAUCGUCGUCACCGGCUACAUUGAGGCACAGAUGUUGUCCCUCACAGAAGAACUGCUGCAUCUCUGGGAAGACGCAGAGUCCCACUACUACAUAACACAUCAAACAAAUGCAGUCUUAGAAGAAAGUAUAGAAAACAGUAUAAUAAGAAACAAAGUCAUUAAUGACUAUAUAGAAAGCCACCUCAAGGACAUUAUAAAGACGCAUGGAAGAAAUAUAAACCUGUUACAUCAAGUUGAGAGUGUGUUCAGUGGUGCUAUAGCUUUAGAAUUUGUUAUUCUAGGUGUUGGUUUAAUAGCAGAGUUGCUAGGAGGACUAGAAAACACUUAUUUAGAGAUACCAUUCGCCCUAGCGCAGGUUGGUAUGGACUGUUUCACAGGCCAGCGAGUCAUGGAUGCCAGCGUUAAGUUUGAAAGAGCAGUAUACGAUUGCAAAUGGGAGAAUUAUAGCAUUUCGAAUAUGAAGAUAGUGCUGAUGAUGCUCCAAAGUUCCCAGAAGACGAUGAAGUUAUCAGCUGGUGGUAUCAUCAUGCUCAGCUUUAGCUGCCUGAUGCAGGUCUUCAGAUCAAUAUACUCCGCGUAUACGACGCUGAGAUCGACUAUGAAGUAGAUUUAAACAAUAAAGACAAAGAAACAUAUAGAAUAGUAAAAUAUGAAAUGUUUGAAGUAUUUUAUAGAAAAGAAGAAAAUAAUUUGUAUAUAGAAGUUGCACAAUAAACUAAAAGUGUAGUAAAGAAAUAUUAUUUCAUUGGAGCUCGCGCUUUUGUCCAAACAAAAUGUUGGUGAAUCGACAAAUGGCUUCAUGAUAACUGUGUGAUGACAAAUCGAUGACACAGAUAAUAACUGCAAUAUUGUAAAACAAAUAACUCUUGUGGAAAUAGAAAUUAAGUUUGUGAAUAGCGUAAAAGUUAAUGAUAGAUUUAGGACACAAAGUCAGUUGUGAAGAGUUGAUUUUAAUAAAAGGGACUUUGAUGGCUACCAUCAAUUGUA